GUAUUUUCUGAACAGAACAUAGUCUCUCACCACACUCAAGCAACAGACGGUUUUUAUUAUUUCUACCACAACUGUGUAUUGAGGAUUAUUAAGAUCGACUUUGUUUUCUGGAUUGAGGCUGCCCACAAUUCCUGUAAAAGAAGAUGCAGUUUAAAAGAUGCUGGGAAAAGUGUUUCAGAGCAUAAGCACACCUUAUUGAAAGGAUAAAAGUUAAGAGCGAGAAGGCAAGAUCCUCCUCAGUUUUAGCUAAUUACUCAUUUUUGUAAUUGCUUAAAAUAACAGAACAGAGCAGGACACUCAGAAUACACCACCAGUAAGACUGGAGUAGCUGAAAAACUAUCCCACUACAAUUACCAAGAAACAAAAUGCUCAAGUAAGGUGAAGCUAUUUUAUAAGUCAAAAAUUCAAUGGAAAUAGUAACACAUUAUUUCAAUAUAGCAGCCAGAGAAAAAGCCUGAGAACAGUUAUUUCAAAGCACAUUUAACCGACACUGCAAAUUAUAAUCAAUGUUCUCUCUUGUUGUCUCUUAAGACAUCAACAGCAACAAGAAAUACUGAUGUCAAGCUUUUUUUAGGUCUUAGAGAAGCUUUUAUAAUUCAACAUACAGGCUUUCAGCAACAAACACGUAAGCCCAUUAAGAUCACUUUGAACUGUCUGAUCUAUGCUGUGCAUGCAACUGUGGGCUGUGUAUAUACUUGUUCUGUUUUGUGUGAAAUCCAUACAUACCUGCCAAUUCUUUAAUUACUUCUUCCCUACUCAUAUGACUGUUAUUACGAGCUUUGUAAACGAUCUGAAAAGUGCCCUUAUUAGGGGCUUUAAACCAAGGCUCAAAAAACGUUUCCGUGUACUUUUUCAUAUCCUCCAUGAAAGCCUUGCAAGUUCCAGAAAUGGGCAGCAUGCGCAGAAUGACUCUUGUUUUCUUCUUUUUAGUGGUAUGCAUAUCCUUUAAUAUAUGGUGCACCAGGUUCUCAGGUUCUACAAGAAAAAGAGUUACGUAUGAGAAACAAAUAGAAUGCAUUAUCUCCCUCCUUCCCCCUCUAAAUAAUAAGCUGGGGAAAUGCACACUUGGCUUCGUUGCUGUCAGCCUCAAAUCCUUUUUAUGUAAAGAGCUGAUUUACUAUAUCAACACUGGAUAAUCAAAGCUUAUUUUGUGAAAGCACAUUCCUCUGCCCUUAGUUUCUCCAUUAAUGACAAAACUCAGUGGCACAGCGAAAGGGAAGGGGAAACACUAUUUUUUUUAAUAUACACGUGUUUAUUGGAAGCCAGGCUCUGUGGCCUAUCACUAAGGGUGCUCAGAGCAGUUUGCAUUACUCAGCAUCAGCUGAUGUCCCACCUAUGCCCUGGGUUCUGAUGAAGACCACGUUGUUGGCACCGCUCUCCACCGACUGGAACCGCCGCAGCUUCUGCUCCGUCGAGGCACGGAUCUGGCCAACCUCCUUCUUCAGGGCCGCCUCAACGUCGUCCUCAUCCUCCUCCCUGUCGCUUUCAGACAGCCUCUCCUCGUGAUCUGAAAACUUCACACAGUCUGUCGACUGACAGUUGCUGAAGGGGAGUGAGCAGCCCUUAGUCCUGCACUGCAAUACCACAUCCAACACCGACCCCUGCGCCCCUGGCUGGCGGAGUCCUGAAAGUGUCACAGUGUAGAGGGACCAGCUAAAAACAGCAGCUUUUUGAACAGGACAACAGAAAAAUGCUUUGCCAUGAUUUGGGCCAGCAUUUGACACACAGAGUUUUUUGGCUCUUCGACCGCAGUUGCACAGAGGGGGAGUUGGUUUUCCACUUCUCACAGCUCUUACACGCGGAUUCAAGUUGACCGUGGAGUUGAGAAUGGCAGGAGACACUUUGGGCAAAUUCGAACUUCUCAAAGGAAAAGUCGUGUCGCCUGUCAGCAGCUUUGCUUGGGGAGGACUGUGAAAUCAGCCAUGACCAGCUGUAUGAGUUGUUGAAGUAUGCAGCUUUGGGAAAAUGCCACAAUGCAGCUCAGCCCAGCUGGUGCCGUAUUUAUCACCAAAGCCACCUGGCUGGAGUUGUGGUUGUUGUUCUACAUGAAAUGAGCCAAGUCCAUUUCUACAGAUUCUAUUUACAGUUCAAACACCUCAGAAAACUGUUCCGGCAUAGAUUCACAUUAACACCAUCUGCUGACUUCCUCGCCAGCCUGUAUGGGGAAGGAACAGACCUGAAACCUCAAAACACAGCACAAGGCUUGACUUCCACCAGCAGUGACUGUGUUACUAAAAGCUCAGACUUGCAAUGUGAUCCCAUCAUUCAGAGAUACGGAGAAAAAAGACGAGGCCUUACCAGCUAUACUCUGACUUUAGAAGAGCAGAAAAAAAAUGACUAUCCCAUAGAAGGCUCUCCAGGAUGCAAGGAUUAUAUCUCUACAGAGUGUGAUCAGCAGAGGACAGACAGCAGCCCCCUCUUUGGUCUGGAUUGUGAAAUGUGCCUGACUGCAAAAGGGAACGAAGUCACCCGUGUGUCUUUGGUGGAUGCGCGGGGUCAGUGCCUCCUGAACGAGCUGGUCAAACCUGAGAGCACAGUGAUGAACUACCGCACCAGGUUCUCAGGAGUCACAAAAAAAAUGCUUCUUCCAGUGAAAACAAGACUGUCAGACAUCCAAACCAAGCUAAAACAAAUGCUUCCCCAUGAUGCAGUAUUGGUGGGUCAUUCUCUAAACUCUGAUCUUCAGGCUUUGGAAAUGAUCCACCCCAGUGUUAUUGAUACUUCAUUGCUUUUUGCCAGAACUGAAGGUCGAAGAUUUAAGCUAAAAUUUCUAGCCAAAGCUGUUUUAGGGAAGGAGAUUCAGUGUGAACAGAAGCUUGGGCAUGAUCCUACAGAAGAUGCUAGAGCUGCAUUGGAAUUAGCUCAAUUCUUCAUUGAGCAAGGACCAGCAAAGGUAGCAGAACUAAACUUGGAGAUGCUUCUGACAGCUGAAAAACUGGCUGAGGUCUCACAGAACAAAGCUGCGCUGCAGCCACAAGGAUGUGGGGUCCAGAAAGAGCUGAACGAGCCUCCACGUUUAUCUAACCCAUGCUUUUUAGACUGCCUGCAGGUGACUGGCCAAAAACCCCUCCUUUUGGGCAGACAGGGACUAGACUCUUCCGGCCUGUGUCAGAGUAACCUGAGCACGUCAAACAAACAGAUUCUUCAGAGAGCCUUGGAAGAUGUUCCCCUGUCCACAUUCAGUAUCAUUCAGUUCAGUUUGGGUCCAGAGUACAUUGCAUCUCACCUUCAUACUGCACUUUAUGAAAAGGUGAGAAGCAAGCUGACUGACAUGCUGACAAUUUACGCAGGUCCUUUUGAAGAAAGCUUUUGCCUGAAGUCUGUGAAGAAAGAAUUUGGGAGGUGUGGACCAAUCCAGUCUCUUACAGUGGUAACUGAAACAUUCCAGCCCUAUGUCUGUGUCCAAUAUGAAGUGCUGGAAGCUGCCCAGCUUGCUGUGGAAAACCUAAAUGGAGCUGAGGUAGCAGGAUCCUGCAUUAAGGUGCAGAGACCUGUCACUGCAGCAAUGCUGGACUGUGAUGUUCUGAUAAAGGAAUUAGAACUGGAUGUAGAAAAUGAAGGUGUGAUUUAUGUGGCGGGUCUAAAGAAGUCAUUAACAGAGACAGACUUGCAAGAAGAAUUCAGCCAGUUGAAAGACUUGGAAACACUGUUCCUGCCAAAGGAUCUCCAGAGUGGAAAGCACAGGAAUUGCUGUUUCCUCAAAUUCCAGAAAUCACAGAGUGCCAUGGAUGCCCUUGAAGCUAUAAAUGGAUGGACCAUGAAGGGUAGCGAGCUAAGAAGUAGGAAUGCUCUUGCCUCAGGGCACCUCUGGAGAUGGAUAUGGCAAAUGAAUCACAGCAAUGGGAAACAAGGAAAACACAUCUUCUAUGAGAAAAUGGAGCAGCUGUCUGACUCUGAGCAGGAUCUAAGGAAAAAGGUGAAGAAGUUAGACCACCAUAUCAAAAAACUUUAUAGAAGUCUGCAGAAUAACACCCUGUGUGUUGUUCUCUUUCCUGGACUGAACAGCACACAUGGAUCACAACCCGGCCUUGGUCUGAUGGGAAUAAAAAAUGACGGAGGGAGGAGUGCUUGUUAAACUGCCAAGUUUUUAAGCAAAGUCUUUUGUUAAGAUAUUUUUAAUUACUUGAAAUAUUGAUGUCUUUGUAAAGAUCUCUUACCACAAGAACAAUAGGCUUUCACUCUGUAUCUUCUAUGAAGUCUAAAAAUAAAAGCCAUUCAAAACAUCUUAAAA